AUGGCAGAGGGCAACGGGACCAGGGUGACCGGCUUCCUCCUGAAGAGACCUUCGGACCGGCCAGAGAUGCGAUUUGCGGCCUUCGAAACCGACUACUCGGCCACACUCCUGGCCAACGGUGCCUCCUCGCCCCUCCUCCUCGCCCUCUGCGCCGACCGCCGUCUCCACACGCCCAUGUACUUCCUCCUCACCAACCUGUCAUUGCCGGACGUCUCCCGCCCCACGGCCGCGCUCUAUUUCCUGGUGGCCCCGGCGGGGAUGGACGUCUUCCUCCUGGCGGUCACGGCCUCUGACCAUCACUGGGACGUCCUCCGCCCUCUCUGCUAUGCUGUUCUCAUGGGCGGGAGGGUGUGCGUCGCGCUGGCAGCUGGGGCCUGGCCGUCCCGCUUCCUCAAAUCCUCCCUGCACGCGUCCUUCACCUUCACGCUGAUCAUAUGCCGCUUGAACCUGGUGGACCAGUACUAUUGCGAUGUCCCUCCGGUGACAAACCUGUCCCGCUCUGGCAGCUCCUACGUCCUCGUCGCGACAGCCAUCUUGAAGAGCCGCUGGGCCGAAGGGAAUCGCCGGGCCUGGUCCACCUGCACCUCCUGCCUGCUGGCCGUCGGCCUCUUCUACGGCCCCGCCAUCUUCACCUACAUCCGGCAAUCUUCCAGUCACUCUCCCGGAAGUGACGGGCUCGUGGGCAUGCUUUAUAGCAUCCUCAACACCCUCAUCGACAACCUGAGAAACGAGGAGGUCCUAAGGGAGUUGCUAAGGGAGACGUUAGGCCCGCUAGGAUCUCUUCGGCACCCAUAG